AUGCUCCAGGCUUGCAGUUUAAUUCUAAAACCUAAAGAUUAUGACAAUCCUUUAGCUGAGAUUACUCAGGCUAAGAAAAUUUAUGCAGAGACUCAGAAUGCUCAAGAUGCAUUGCAGAAAUUAUCAUCAAAUCAAUCCAUUGAGUCGAAAUUGAUUCAUGGACUUGCCAAGUUUGGAAAGAAUGAUUUUGUGAAUGCUUUGGAAUGUAUUCCAAGAAAUAUGCGCCUGAUGUAUAUUCACGCUUUCCAAAGCUUAAUUUGGAAUCAAGUCGCGUCGAAACGCGUGAAAGACUUUGGUUUGAAUCCUGUUGUAGGGGAUUUAGUCUAUUUGACAGACCAAGAAGAGAAUGAAUUUCUUUUAGAUGAUACAAAAGGUCUCAAGGAUGACGAUGCCCAAAUUACUGAAGAAAAUGAAAAAGAUGAAGACGCAGAAAUAAAGAAACAAUUAGUUAAAGUUUUAAGUGAAGAAGAUUUAUCAAAUUAUACAAUUUAUGAUGUUGUGUUGCCUAUGCCCGGAUAUGACGUUACUUAUCCAGAAAACUUGAAGGAUUACUACGUGGAACUCUUAGGGAAACAUAAACUUGAGCUUGAAAUGCCAAAGCAACGUGUCAAAUGUUACACCUUGAGUGGUACCUAUAGGAAAAUUGUUAGUAAACCUGAAGAAUUAGCAUGGCAUACUAUCAAAUACAACGACCCCAUUGAUACACUCAUACGUUCCGAUUUUGAAGAGAUACUCGGACACAAAGAACCCGUAAAUAACCCUGAUGGUAAAUUUAAAGGUCUGGUGGUAAGUUUUAAGUUAAAGUCGUCUUCGUAUGCUACCAUGGUGCUUCGAGAGAUAUUAAAAAUCGACACAGCUACAAUAAAUCCUUCAAAAUUCCAACAAAAUACUCCUAAAGUGGAUAAGACUGGAAAUGAUACUGUUGCUGCUGAGGCUGAAGGCAGUUUAAUGCAAGAUAAGGAUAAGUAUGACGCGUUUAAAAGAUUGAUUGAAGGCGAUGGUGAUGAUGAUGAGGAGGAAAUUGUAUGUAUGAAGAGACCUGCUGAAGAUGUUGAGGUUCCAAGUAAAAAAGCGAAGGUAGAUGAGGACAGUGAUGAUGAUACAGGUAUAAAAAUGCAGCCAUCACUGGUUUAACUGAAUGCUAAAACACAUUUUUGUGUUUUUGUUUGUAUAAUUAAGUGAAGUUUCUUCUGUGCUUUUGAGUUAAUUUAUAUUUCAGACCUACUGUGUUGUAUUCUAGUUUUAUUUCACUGGAAGUUUAAAAUAAUAUGUUUUUUAGACGGUU